AUGAACAACCGCGGGGAGAGUGGAAGAAUAGGAAAAGAAGAGAAAGGCAGGCUAACUAAUCCAUCGCCAAAAUCAGAGAAACAUCAGUUCAUCGAGAGAUUCAGCCCCGAUUCACAUAGAUCCGUCGCGAGAGAACAUAAUUCAUCUCGAGAUUCAACCCCGAUUCAUAGAUUCGUCGCGAGAGAACAGAAUCCAUCGCCCGCAUUUGGGAAAAUUCUUAACUCCGUCGCGAGAGAACAGAAUCCAUCGCCCGAAAUUCUUAACCAUUUCAUCGGCCGAUUUCACAGAAUUAGGGCAGCACUUAUUACUGCUACUGGCACUACUUCAACCACUAAGAAAUUUGGAAAAUUUGGAAGACCAAGUAGACUGAAGUAUGAAGAUCAAAUAUGUGACAAAUGUGGAAUGAAACUUGCAGUUAGGAUUGCUGGCUCCCUAAGUCCAAAUUUUCAGAAACUCUAUUACUCUUGUGAGAGAGAUGGUGGAUUUAUGGGUUGGGCUAAUUCAAUAAAUGAAGACGAAGUAAGCAUAAGGGAAGAAGUUAGCACAAGCGAGAAAACUAUAGUGGAUCGUGAGAGCUACAAAGAUGAGAUGAUCUUCAUCCACGAGCAUCCUCUCAUGCUCGUCUGUGUCAGUCGGCUGGCGGGACGAUCCGGGUCGAUCAGUAGUAGGGACACUCUGCCCAAGCCGCUGAAAGUAAGACGUGAAGGCCUGACGACUCAUAUAUGGCUGGGCUGUGGUCCGGGUCUUGAUGAGGUCGGCAUUUUUGAGCUCGGCGAAGUUGAUGCAUCGCAUCGUAGACUUGUCCUCGUGAUAGAUGAUGUCGUGAAGGUUGUACGGCUCUGGGUCGACUCCGAAAUGGCGGGCGAGUGCGGUGACAAAGUGCCCCAAUGCCGGAACGCCACGUCGGCUGAGUGCCACUUCCUGAAGAGAGUUCUGGAAGAAGGUCAUGGAGCAUACUCGCACGCCCGCCCGCAUCGCCCAGAGGAGGAAAAGCUCGGUCUCGCUUAUCUUGUUCGCCUCCUUCUUCCCGGUGAUGUUGUAGCCGAUGAACCGGUGGACCACGGCCGUAGCUAA